AUGGACGCGACCACACCCAAAGCCCCCAAUCGAACUCGCCAGAGCUCCAGCCCCUCACCCAUGGACGCGACGAUCGGAGAUGUGAGCGUGGCGUCGUCGGUGGAGCGGGUCUUCGAGAGCCAGCCGCCGCUGCCGGGGACAUGGGGCCAGGUGACGCUGCGGUCCAUGGCCAUCUCGGUGGUCCUCGGAACCGUGUUCGGCUUCGUCGGGCUGCGCAUCAUGAUGAAGGCCGGCAUCAUACAGGCGCUCAACCUGCCCAUCAACGUCCUCAGCUUCUUCUUCCUCAAGUGGCUCAUCAACCUCCAGCGAGCCGCCGGCUUCACCACGCUGCCCUUCUCGCGCCAGGAGAACGUCCUGAUCCUCACCACCGUCACCACCUGCCUUAACACAGCAAUAUGUGGUGGCUUUGCAAAUUAUGUAGUUGGAAUGACUUCUGGUGUAGCCAAAUCACUGGGAGAAAAUCCAGAUCCAAGAGAUAUUGUUGACAAUAUACCGACUGGACGAUGGAUGUUGUUCCUUUUCCUGAUUGGUAUGGUGGGAGUAACAGCUAGCGUGCCACUGAACCAGGUAAUCCACCAUUUACAUAUACUAGCUGAAUGCACGUGCGGUGCAUUGUCAUGA